AUGUUCAAAUUCGCUGUUGUUAUCUUUGCCAUCAUUGCUUGUGCUGCUGCCAAGCCCGGUUUGGUUACCCCAUUGGCCUACACCGCCCCAGCUGCUGUUGUUGCUGCCGCUCCUGCUCCUGUCGUCACUGCCACCAGUAGCCAAUUUGUUGCCCGUAACCACAAUGGUAUUGUCUCCGCACCAAUUGUUGCUCCCGUUGCUACCCCUGUCGUUGCCAAAACUGUUGCUGCUCCCUUGGUGGCUAAGACAUUUGCUGCUAGCUGCUGCUUAUGCCACUCCAUUGUCAUACACUGCUCCAUUGACUUAUGCUGCUGCCCCAGUUUUGUUGUAAAUAAUUUGACAAUACCUUAA